CACCUGCCACCUGUUUAGAAACUAUGCUGCCAGGUGUCAAACACUCAGAGAGCCAAUACUCUUUCACACAUCUUUGACUUUAUAUUUCAAAUGGAUUGGAAAUUAACUUAGGGAUUACAUAACUUUUUUCAUGUUUUAAUUGAUUUUAAGACAAAAAAAACUCAAAAUGAACAAGCUGCGUGCCAUCAUUUUUGGAUAUGUCCUCACCGCUGCCAUUAUAAUGGGAGAGUGUGUUUUACAAGCCAUUUCACCCAAGAGUGGUGAGAGCCAGCCUGACAAUUUCAUAGGGUUUGACUCAGCCCCUGACAAAGUGGUAGAUGGCUCAGUGGUCCGUGUGCGGUAUCAGUGCCCCGGGCCAUGUCAGCUUGCAGUGGAGGUGGUGGUGUCCACAUUAAGGAAGAGAGAUUUAGUGGUCUUCAGGAGGAAAUGGAUCAGCAGCACACCCCGAGCCUACAGGAUCCACCAGGUGCUGCUCAGAUUGCCUCCGUCCAUUUUAUAUCAACAUGACUUUUUCAACAGGAAUGUUUUGGAGCCUGAAAAUGUGACAGUUCGUGCUUGGCUAGACCAUCUUAAAGAUGACAGUGAAGCUGGGACAUACCAUGGCUCUAUGUUGAGGAUUCAUAAAGUGCUACAGAUAAUUCCACUCUCAGAGCGGCCAAUUAAACCUCCCACAGGGUGCCCUUCAUGGUCUGCUCAACUGAUGUGGCAGAUAACCAGAAACAGAAUCAGUCAGUGUCCACAUGAGUCAGACAUAAUCGAUGUGCUCAAGUUCCCCCUGGCAAGUACUGGUGAGUACUUUGGAGUAGUCCGCAGGUUCCAGCCUUUCAUCGAUGGAGCACUGGAAGGAAUCCGUCUUCACGCUGUGACACAGCCCAGCGUCACCUUAUCUGUGUGGAUCUACCUACUGAAAUGGUGUCAGAAGCAGCACUGUGGGAUCAUCCAUCACGUCGAUAGGAAAACUAAAUACGACUCUGUUCUGAUGCAGCUCACAGACACAGGGGAUGUCAUAAUUCAGGCACGUGUGACAACAGGAGAAGAUGAAGCUUUCCGAUCCAGUCUAGCGUUGCCCCUGUGGAAAUGGAUUAGAUUAGACUGUUAUAUACAGGACUCAGAGGUGCUGCUGCAUGCAACAUGGGAUGAUGAAACCCACAGAUAUGCAUACAAAUUUCAGAACAAUAUUUAUUAUGAUGACACUGAUGGAUACUUUGUGGUUGGAGGAAGCAAAUUCAUGCCGAGCAUCCAUGGAUAUUUUGGGCCUAUCAAAUACUACCGCUUUGGAACUGAAGAGGUAGAAAAUCAACUUCACUCCAAGACAGUAUUACAGGAACUGGAUAAGACUCAUCGCGAGUGUCAGGAAAUGAAAGAGUUUACAAAAGCUUUUCUCAAAGAAGUAACUGAGAGUCACCCUUUGUCAACAAUCAGCAAAGGUGUCUGUGCCCCUCACUUCAUAAGACUAUGGGGUCAGUUUGAUGAAAAAUUCUGCACACAAAUGUGGCCCUGGGAAACAACACGUAAACACAGCACGCUUCUCCAUCUCUUACAAGCAAAAGAGGAGGAACUCAGAACAGGAUCUCUGGGUGUGAAGGAUCUUAGGACUACUUUGUUUAAGGAGGCUGUUGAUGCAAUGUUCCCUGUGGAUCAAGCUCAAAUUAAAAUGACAUCCAAAUCAACGUCUCUGCUACAAGCAUCCUCCUGCUUUGGAAAUCACAAAGCAUCGCUCUUGCUGGCCUCCAUCCACCUCGCCGGCCUGGGACAGUCAGUAAAUAAAGAACAGGGUCAUGUCUAUAGUUUGAUUGGUGCAGCAGGUGAUAACCGUUUCGCCCUGAUGCAUGCAGGGUAUAAACACACACAAGGAAUUGAUGGCUUCCCUAAGGACUUGGACAUGGCUUAUAGCUACUAUUCAAAUGCUGGGAAACAGAGCAGCAUUGACAGUUACAACAUACAUGAAAAUAAGCAGUACACACCUGAACACAUCUAUCUAAACAACCAAGAGGAUUUAGACCAGCUGACAGAUGAGACGAGUGAUGCCUUUCAGUAUCUGAAAUACCAAGCAGAGAAAGGAGACGUAGAAUCCCAGAGACGCCUGGGAAUGAUGCUUUAUUGGGGACAAAAUGGAGUCUCAAAAGACAUAGUGAGUGCAGUGAAGUGGUUUGAGAGAAGUGCUAUGCAAAUGAAGGACCCCUCAGCGGUGUACGACUACUCCAUCCUACUGAUGAAGGGCCAGGGAGUGAAAAGAAACUACACCCGGGGUUUUCAGCUGCUGAAGAAAGCUGCAGCGAUGGGCUCAAUUAAUGCCUUGAAUGGUUUGGGCUGGUACCAUGGGAUUAAACUGAACGACCACAAAACUGCAGUGAAAUACUUUGAACAAGCUGCGCUAAAUGGGAGUGAUGAUGGCAUGUUUAACCUGGGAAUUUAUCAUCUCAGUGGCAUAAACCCACACAGCCCACGGAGGAAUGAGACGGCUGCAUUCCACCAGUUUCUGAAUGCGUCUCGCUUCGGUCAUGUGGCUGCAUCAGUGGAGGCAGCUUGGUACCUUUCGACAGGAAGCCUGGAAGGGGUGUUUCAGGAUGUGGAGAGGGCUGUGAUAAUGCUAAAAAAGGUCUGCGAACAGAACGGACACCUUGGAUUUAUGAUCAGAGAGGCUCUCCAGGCCUACCUCUGGGGCUCUUGGCAGGAAGCAUUUGUGAAGUAUAUUUUGGCAGCUGAAACUGGUCUGGGUUUGGCCCAGAGCAAUGCUGCGCAUCUGUGUGAGAAGCUGAAUCUCAGUUAUGAUUGUCAGUGGAGAUAUCAUAACUACUCUAUAUUAAACUAUGAUCCCCAUCCAUCUGCUCUGCUGAAAAUGGGAGACUACUACUACUAUUCCUUCGCCACGCGAGAAGACUCAUUAUCCGUGCUUGGUCAGGCCGUAUCAAUGUAUAGCAGAGCGGCUCUAGCGGGCAGCCCUCAGGGAAUGUACAACUUGGUUGUUUUGGCACAACAAGGGCACACUCUUCCACCAAGCGUCCGCAGCCAGUUUAACGUGUCACAUCGUGAUGAGGAUGACACUGUGGUGGAGAAGAUCUUACAAAGAUGUGUGGAGACUGAGUAUGAAGAGGCAGUAACGCCCUGUUCUUUAGCUCUGCUCCGAGUCCAGAUGGGAAAAGCCUUGAGGAGAAUGACUCAGAAUGGUGCACAGCUCCUCUUGGCAUAUGCAUCUCUUCUCUCUGUCUGUAUCCUUAUUGUCAUUGUGCCAUUCCAGAGCUGUCAUGAACAAAGGGUUCGCAGUCAGCGUGCGAUUGAACUGAGGGCAAGGACAUCAUCUGUCAGCCAAAAUGGUGUCGACUUGAAUAGGGAGCGAGAUGGCAUCGUGGGAGGAACCUACAGAGUGGCAGGGAGUCUAUGGCUUACUGUACUGAAUGGUGAGCAGUGGGUCCAGCAGACCAGCGAUUUGGUUGUGACACUGUCGGGUGUGUGCCUGUGUGCUUUCUGGACCACAUUCCUCUAUCAUCUCCUAUGACAUACAAUACCCAACACAGUGAUCCAAUAGCCACAGUAAAAGCCCCAGACACUACAUACUGUAAGAGCAUACAUUUAGCAGAUGAGUUGCAGCAUUAUUCAUGUGACACAUUUGUGUUUAGAAGGCGUGUGACUCAUUUUUCGACAGGAAGGAGAGAAGUGCUGAUCAGAAUGUGAGUGUGCUACUUUUAUCAGAGUUUUGAUAAUGUUUCCUCAGUAACCAUUUCCCAUUGUUUUGUUUGUGGAAAAUAACAUACUUAUCAUGCAGUUCGUUUAAUUAAUGCUGAAUCUGACCUAGAGCUUAUAUUGUCUUGGGGAUGUGGUUCCAAGGAAGUGGAGUGAACCAUCUGUUAUGCAAUGUGUAAUAAAAAUAUUUCAACACUGAAUAUUUCUUUGAUCAAUCUUUCAGGCAUUUGUCUUGUGAAAAUGAGCAAUUUCAAUCACAGAGUAGGACUGCUAAAACUGAAAGACAAAUACUCUGA